AUGAAGAAGUACUCAUCCUAAAGAUUAUUGCUCACUAAUGAUGAACUUCUACGUAUUUAAAUCCUAGCCAAAAACUCUUUUAGACCCUCUUCCAAAUAGAGAAUUAAAGAUAAACCUAAACUAGAAUCAUAUCAAUUCAAACCUGAUGUAUAUUCUCUAUUUAUACUAGAUUAAUAAAUAAUCUGCAAAUCUAUAAAGAUCAAUAAAUGAUUUAUUUCGAUGGAAUUUAAAUAAAUAAAUGAAAAGACAAUAGAUAUAUGAUGAUGAAGUAUUAAAUCCUCCUUUAUUUAUAGUCAAGAGAACUACUUAACAAUGCAAAUAGAUUAACUCAUGAAUUAACUAAUACUUCUGUUUUCGAUAGAUUAUAUCAGGUCAGAAAAAACAGUGAAAAUGUUAUUUGUAAUUGUUCUUAUCUCUAAUAUUAGAAUAAUCUAAAAGAAAUACUAGUAAUUUUGGACCUUAUUAUACUAAAAACAUGACUAGUUCCAUGUAUUAAGAAUAUCAACGCUAAUAAUAAUUAGAAGUGUCUUAAUUCAAAUCUAAAACAAAUGCUACUGAUAGCAAAUAUGAAUAAUCAAAUCAAUAAACUCCAAAUCCUAAUUUUUUUGAUUCUGAUUAAUUACCUAUAGCUGUAAAUGAUGUAUUUACUUAUUCUUAUUAUUUUUAAUAGCAAAUCAAGGCUUCAGUACCUGUACAUUAAUAUGUGGAUUUAACUGAAUAAUUGAGUAACUCUAUAAAUGAGCCUGAUUCACCUGCUAAAUCACCUUUGCAUCAGAAGGAUAUAGAAGUCAUGGUUGAAAGGUAUAAAAAAUAUUGCUAUCAAAUAGAUUAAAUAAUUGGUAGGCUAAGAAAUAACAAUAAGAACAACAAGGAUAAUAAGAUGAUUAACAUGUUAAAUCUUAAAUCAAACCCAAUUUCAUCAAUCAAAACAGAUAACCAUCCUUUGGAAGUUCGUAAUCUCAAUCCAAAUUUUAUUCGAAUAUGUUCCUAAAUAAUAAUCAAACUCAUUGA